GAGACUGAGGAGGAGGAGGAGGAGGAAGAGGCUCGCUUCAUCACGCAGCGUCACUCACUUCUUCUUUGGCAACCAAAGCCGCGCCCACUACCGGAGCCGUUAACAGCGGCUAACAACAGCACAGAGCACGCACAUACAGGCACACACACAUACGCGCGCGCCACCCGGACCCGUACUCAUACAUACUCGCUCGAGUGGGAACCCAGGAGGAGGGCGCGCGCGGUACGCGAGCAUGAGCGCGAGCCGCAGGGCGCGGUAGAGGAUGGAGCGGAGCGCGCGGGAGUUGCUGGCGCUGGCCGCCCUCUGCUGCUGCGCGGGGCUGCCGGCGGUGCACCAGGUGCUGGGAGAUGAUAGCUACCUGAAUGCAGUUCAGAAUACAGUUCCUCUCUCUUGUUCGGAGGGCUUUACUGAGCUGGGCUACUACAAUGGCACCGUGUCUCAGACGGACUCAGGCUCUCCCUGCCUGAAGUGGACUGAGUUUCCUGAUUAUGUGCAGCAGUACCCUGGCCGUGGUCUGGGAGAGCACAGCUACUGCAGAAACCCUGAUCGCGAGUCCAACCCAUGGUGUUUCUUCAGACAGAGCUCUGGAGCCAUCGGCUGGGCUUACUGUGACUGCCACCAGGGUGCAGUCAGGCUGGUGGGGGGCUCCUCUUCCAAGAGUGGUCGUCUGGAGGUAUACUUAAAUGGUCAGUGGGGGUCUGUGUGUGACACUCACUGGACUGAUCGAGAUGCCAGCGUGGUCUGCAGACAGCUCGGACUGGGUGAAAUCGGCACAGCGCUUCAGCACUCCUACUUCGGCCCCGGCUCCGGCCUCUUCCACUACGCUCGGCUCGGCUGCCGAGGCAACGAGAGAUCCCUGCUGGAGUGCAGGAGCAGGAAGUUUGUUACCAGCGACUGCAGCCAUGGCAGCGAGGCUGGGCUGGUGUGCUCCCCACCUGAAGGCACUGGCCCCCCUCUGAGACUGGUAGGAGGUGAGGAGGACUUCGAGGGGAGAGUGGAGGUCUAUCAUGAUGGACGGUGGGGAAGCAUAUGUGAUGACCAGUGGGAUGACAUGGAUGCUGAGGUGGUUUGCAGACAGCUUGGUCUUGGGGGCAUCCCAAAGGCUUGGUCAUGGGCUCACUUCGGACAGGGCAGCGGGCCAAUCCAGCUGGACGCUGUGCAGUGUACAGGAAAUGAGCUCUCUCUGGAUGAAUGCCCUCACAGUGGCUGGGAAAAACACAACUGUGACCACAUGGAGGAUGCAGGAGUGUCCUGUAACCCCUACACAGAUGGAGUGGUAAGGCUGGUAGAUGGUGAUAACCCGUGGGAGGGCCGUCUGGAGGUGUAUCACUCUGGAGACUGGGGCACAGUUUGUGAUGACAACUGGACUGAGCAGCACGCACAGGUGGUGUGCAGACAGCUCGGAUUCAGGGGGGGUGCGGAGUUGGCUCCUGCAGGCAUGUUUGGAGAAGGAGCGGGGCUGAUCUUGCUGGAUGAUGUGCAGUGUGAAGGUUCUGAGUCCUCUCUGCUGGAGUGUAAACACAGCGUGUGGGGACGUCACGACUGCUCUCACAGUGAGGACGUGGGCAUCCGCUGCCACAGAGCUGAGACCAACGAGGUGCCUGCGGCCUCAGAAACCACAGGUGUUCUGGUGAGACUGGUGUCUGGGGAGAGCAGGAAGGAGGGCCGAGUGGAGGUCUUCCUAAACGGAGAGUGGGGCAGUGUCUGUGAUUCUGGCUGGAAUGAUGUUAAUGCUGCCGUGGUCUGUAGACAGCUGGGAUUCACUGGAGUGUCUAAAGCGCGUCCAAUGGGCUACUUUGGUGCUGGAAAGGGCCCAAUCCACUUGGCCAACGUGAGAUGCACCGGCAAAGAAUCCUCUCUGGGAGAGUGCCCUGCUAAAGGGUCGGACAGCCAUGUGUGUAAGCACGGCCAGGACGCCGGGGUGGUGUGUGACUACGUGCCAGAGCCAGAGACAGAUAUCGCUAUAGUGGGCACGCACACGUGUGGCAUAAGGGGCGGGGCUGAAAGACGCAGCAAAAGGAUCGUCGGAGGAUACAAAUCUCUAAGGGGGGACUGGCCGUGGCAGGCAUCUUUGUGGCUCAAGUCUCAGUCUAAAGGCUCCCAGCCUCUGUGUGGGGCCACUCUCAUCAACUCCUGCUGGCUGCUCACUGCUGCACACUGUUUCAAACGGUCUGGCAGUGAUGCGUCUCGGUAUGUGGUGAAGCUGGGUGACUAUCACACGGAGGAGCAGGAUGAUUUUGAGCGUGUGCUCCCCCUGGAGCGAGUGGAGGUGCAUAGGAAGUACAGCAGUGAAAGUUGGGAGCAUGACGUGGCUCUGAUCCGGCUGAAGGGAGCUGAGGGAAAGUGUGUGUCCUUCAACCCUCACACCAACGCUGCCUGCCUGCCUGCACCUGGCAGCAAGUGGGGCAAGAGACCAGCAUCCUGCGUCAUCACUGGCUGGGGUGUGUCAGACACAGAUCACCCUCGCACGCUCCUCCAGGCAUGGGUGCCCCUCCUCCCCACCUGGCAGUGCAAGAAGCGUUACGGCGAGCGUUUCACCAGCCAUGGCAUGCUGUGCGCUGGCAGCAUGAGCUCUGACCACCGUCACCAUGCCGACAGUUGCCAGGGUGACAGCGGGGGUCCUCUGGUGUGCCAAGGCGAGGCCGGCCGCUGGGUGCUCACGGGGGUCAUCUCCUGGGGUCACGGCUGCGGCGACCCCUCGUACCCAGGGGUUUAUUCGAGAGUCAGCCGUUACCUGCCGUGGAUCGAGCAGGUCACACACAGCACGGCCCCCCUCCAGCACUGAACUGCUCGACACCCACCUGCCACUGGCCACAGGACUCUCGAGACUAGAGAUGGAGAGAGAAAAAAGAGCCAGAGAAAAAGAGUGGACUGGACACCAUCCGUGCACUCAGUAGCCCUGGAUCUACUAUUAUCCUUCUGUCUUUCCUCCAGUACUUGACUAAUACCUGACAUACCUGGCCCAUAGCUUUUAGAGCGUCUGUGGUCCAUUGCAUUUUAGGCUUUGCUUACACUCUGGAAGGCCGAGGUUGUAGUUCACGCGCUGACUGACUGGUGUGUGAGGUUUUGAGGGACUGUAGGAGUCGUUUCUUUACGUGGUGAUUCUGUAGUGCUGUCUAACGGACGCAGUGCAUGUUAAUGUAUGUAUCGUAUUCAAAAGCCAGCCAUUGUGUGCAGCCUCCCAGUUCUUCUGCAUGGUAGAGAAUGGCAGCAUCAGCUCGGUGUGUGGGCAGGUUUUUAUUUCUUAUUUUAUUUCUUCUUUCCGUGGGUAUAUAGGUUCUGCUGUAAGUAUAAGAAGAAAGAAAAAGAAAGGACCCCCCUUUUAUUUAACCUUUUGGCUGCUGAUUACCGUUAACCCAUUUAUUGACCAACUUUACAGAUUGGCUGAUUGAUGAUGUCCAGACGUGAACGCUCUCCUCAUGAAGGAUUUCUCUCAGUGUUGUGAAUUGCAUUAGACUUGCAUUAUAGAGUAGAGUGGUCAUGAAAUGUUGAGCUUGUUUUUUAGAUAGAAUAGAGAUAGUAUAGAGUUAUGAGCUAGCUGUAGUGAUCUUUUAAAGCCAUCAGUCCACCAGGAAUGCCUCAAAAAUGGGUCCGAAUCAGGCAUUCAGGCAUCCGCUGAAUUGAAUAUAAUAAGACGUCAGAUCCAGUAUAGUCUUUGUUCACUAUGUUGCAUUCCUAAAUACUGCAAGCUUUCAAACGACUCAGUGUACAUUAUUUUUUUGCUUUCUGUAGCUAUUUGAUAUUUUAGACUGUGGUUUUAGAUUAGAUUAGUGUAUUAGGAUAAUAAUAGGGAAUAGCCAUAAUUAAUUUUUCUGUCAUAUAGUGUACUUGUUUUGUUCGUGACAACAUCAAGCCAUUCAGAGGUUCGAACUGUAGUAAGGGUAGGAUAGAUAGGAUAGGUUUUGUUUGUCGAAUGGGGGAAUCCAAAAGGAGUUCCCGGUAUAUCAGUAUUGCCUUCAAACUCUUAAUGUGUGUAAAGUGAGGAAACGUUGGAAAGAUAAUUUUAUUUUUUACUGAUUUCAGGUAGAGUCACUUUAUUUUAUACCAUGUCUUAAUGCUACUUCUCUUUGUGGUACGAGUUGUGUGUUAAUCGUCCAGUGGGUGGCGAUAUUGUGUUUUUUACUCGAUGGGAUUUCAGCUAUACUGUAGGUUCUGUGAUCUGUGUAUCAGUCUUAUACAGUAGAGUGUGUCCUUUUGUUUUUAAAGCUAGACAGAGCUCUGUACAUAUCAUCUCAUCUACAUUAAGACUUUUUGAGAAAGUGACUUUAAUUCAUUUUGCAUUUUGCCUUUGCAUACGUUGAGGGGAAACAAUGUGUACUGUAAGGGCUUUAUAACUUGUGGUGAUUUCCUAAUAAUUGGCAGCAUAUUGACAGUGUAAAUAAGGAAUAGAAUUGCAGCUAUUCUUAUGUUGCGUUGCAUUGCCUGCCAUUUUAAGGGCAUAUAUGGUGGUUUGAGUUCAGUUAGAGUCACUAUAUAUUUGUAGUUCCAUUAAGGCAAGUGCCAGAGUGCAAACAGAUUGUUCCUUACCAAUUAUUAUUAAACAUGGAGCUAUUUCUGUGUUAAACAUUUCAUUCAUGAACAUCCAAAUAUAUGGGUGUAGAUACAAUCGAAGCAGAGAUAUAUAGAGCUAUAUCUAAAAAUGAAUAUGUUUUAUGUGUAAAAAGGGGUUUAAUUAGUGCAUUUUAACUCUUAACAUGAAAGUCUAUAGCUAGUCAGUCUACUAGUAAUCAUGAUAUAGGCCAUGUCGUACAAAUUAAUUAAAUUAUUUGUAAUUUUUAAUGAAACUAAACACUAAAUUACUUAAAACCACUAUGCACAGUUAAUAACAACAACAAAAACAGCUAAAUGCAAGCCUUGUGUAGGUGUAUGUGUAUAGCUGCAUCUGCUACUAUUGCUCGCACGUACCAUAGUGGAAACAAACCUGACUCUAGAGCUCAAAGCUAGCAGCGCUUCUUCUUUCUCUGAAUAUGGGAAUAUCAUUAAAUACAGUAAUAGUGAAUCUGCAGUGUUCCUCUGCUGUCUGUUUAUUGACUUAAUCAUCUUGGAUGGUGUCUGCUCUAAUCUCUAAUCAGAAGCCUUGUCAAUGUGAUCGGGCCCCCAGGAGACUGCUGACCACCACUGGGCCUCAAAAGUGCUAAACAAACAAAUUAACAAAAAAAAAAGGACCAUCUGCUUUCUGACACAUUGGGCGAAAUAGGGUGAUGAUAUCAGCUGCAUGUCAUGCAAGCAUUUGUUUGUGUGUGAUGUUUUCAAUCAUUCAGUCUUAUGUCACAUUUCUGCCAGCUCUGUAAAAAUGCUUUGGAUAUUUUCAUGUGUGACGAAGUGCCAAAAUAAAAUGAUUUCUUCUCGUGGCA